ACCCCGACCUAGAGCGGAUUGUGACCCCGGCCACAGCGUGAGACGUGUAGGGCAGCCAUACACAUACACACACACACAUACAAACCUUCUUCAGUGUAGCCACAACUGCCACUUUACCCGUAAAUAUUUACUGACUUAACCACUUGUGAAGCCUAGGCUUCAGUGAGCAGCAGCGCUGGUGAGCCCGACGUGUCUGCCGCCAGCAGGACGGAGCACUACAGCCACGCCACCAAUCCCACCAUCACAACUCUCGCCUUCAGGAGUGUGGCGGGUACGGCCGAGUUCGGCGACCUGGCACUUUUGGCCAACGCUGUGGCCAUGAAGGGAGAGGAAGAGGGCGGAGUGGCGGCCCUGGCACCACUGCUGCCUCCUGAAGAGGCACCGCCACCAUCCAUCACCGAGGUGCCCGCUGACGCCCCUCCAGGACUGGCUGCCCCCAACGCUAAUAGUGACAAGACUUCCGGGGGCGGGAAGCGUGGGGGCGCCCGGCGGCAAGAGAAGCCGCCUUACUCCUACAUCGCCCUCAUCGUUAUGGCUAUCCAGAGCUCUCCACAACGGCGCCUCACCCUCUCUGAGAUCUACCAAUUCCUGCAGCAGCGAUUUGCAUUUUUCCGCGGCUCGUACACCGGCUGGAAGAACUCUGUGCGUCAUAACCUCUCACUCAACGAAUGUUUCAUCAAACUUCCCAAGUCUAUGGGCCGCCCUGGUAAGGGCCAUUACUGGGCCAUUGAUCCCACGGCCGAGCUCAUGUUCGAAGAGGGAUCCUUCCGGCGGAGGCCUCGAGGCUUCCGAAGGAAGGUUCAGGCCAUGAAGCCUUACCCGCUGUACCAGGGGGCGCCACCGCCGCUGCAGACGCCCUACGACGUAUGUGGCACACAGCUGCCCCCAGCCACGCAGUAUGGGCAGUAUCCGUCAUACCAGGACUAUGCCAGCUACCCACAGCCACCUACGUCCUACGGGGGAAACAUGUACACUGCUUCCUGCCUGCCCUCCUACAGCGGCGGCGGCGGUGUGGCAGAGUACCCACCCGCCUCUCCUGGGGUAUAUACAAGCAUGUCCUCCGCCGCCCCUCUUCCGCCCAUGGGAGCCCUCGGUGAGCGAGACAUGUGGUCAGCUCUCACGCCCAACACCACACCCACCCUCACACCCACGGCUGCCUACGUCAAGCAGAGCAACAGCCCGACAGGCUCCCCCGGCCCACUGACGCCGCCUGGGAGUGAGGGUGUGAGUGGGUACAUGGGCGUGACCCAGGACCACGCUUCCCUACACCGCCCACCAAUACCGGCCCCAGUCUCUGGCCUAAGCCCUCCUCACCAACCAUCACACCACCACCAUCACCACGACCUGGCCGCCCUCCACGGUAUGCGAGGCAUGGGGCAUCAGCAGCAGCAGCAACACCAGCAGCAGCAGCAUCAGCAGCAUCAGCAGCCACAACAGCACCAACAGCAACAACAGCUACACCAACAGCAGCAGCAGCAACAACAACAGAUGACGUCAGCGGUGGUGGCACCCAGCUACGACAAGCGACUGUGGACUCCGCCCACCACCAUGGGUGGAGGCGGGUCUAUCACGCCCACGCAGGGUGCCAUCAAUGGCAGUCUCUGCCCCUCGCCCACUCACCUCCUCCCUCACCACCAAGCCACGCCCACGCCCACCCCGGCUCCACCCAACUAUUACGACUCGAUCAAAUACUCAAUGUAACGCACUUCGACCAUUAUAAUUAUUAUUAUUGUUGUUCUGCAAGAAGGCUUGAGCAGCGUCAAGGUCUCCUUCAAGUGUUUCCACGAAGAAAUUUGAGACUAAUUCCCUUAUAAUCUGUUUUUCUCUUUUUACCUUUUUUGUUAUUGUUUAUAAGUUUGUUGAGGUGUAAUAAGUCUGUGUACAUAAACCUAACUGCUUAUUAACGUAAAUUAAUGUGUGUUUCAGGUAGGCCAGACUGACCUAUAACUUCGUAUAUGUUAUGAUAUUUUGUAGGAAAAUUAAUAUUUCUUGGCGAUAAUAUUGUUCAAUAUUGAUCAGAUCAGAGAAGUCUCAGAUGAAUUUGUUUACCUCGAAUUUUUAUAUUUUAUAUUUUGUAAAAACCCAGGUAGAGUUUUAACACAAAAUGUUUACGUCCUGUAAAUCUCUUUUUUUUUUUUACAGAGUAAUUGUAAGACGUCGUGUGGACUUGCAGUAGCUAUGAAUAUCAGUAUUAUAUAUUGUUAUGUCUCCACUCUGCAACUCUCUGUAACCUCAGAGAUUCAGUGCUACACCUCUGAGGUCUUAUUUUCCCUCAAAACACUCACUGUUAUAGAAGAAUCUAGACAGUUUCUGCUUUCUUCAUUCUUUCUAAACAAUAACACAUCUUAGACCACUAUUGUGUAGAGAUCUUUUAUUAUUUUUUAAUACGGGAUAUCAGGCUAAGUUGGAGAAGACCAGCGAAUGCUGAACUGGGCGUCACCUAACUAACAACCCUCAACCAUGGAAUCUUUACACUCUAUUCUGUCUACAAGAAAUUCUAAUAUCAUUCCCUCUCCUAUUCCGUUCUUGAAAAUUUUCUCCUUUCUUCCUCCUCCUUCUCCCACACUUCUGCCUUUUCGUUUUACUCUCUAUAUCCACCUUCAAUUUUAAUCAUUUAAUUAGGAGACGCUGACCUUACUGCUGACGAACAAAACACUACCCUCACCGUUCCUUCAUGAGAGAUCACAUUGGUGCAAUAAUAAAAUAAUAUUAAUGUUAUUUUAACUAUUGUGUUUGUUGUUUUAAGAUAAACUGGUUCAUAUCCAGGACGACAUCGUAUUGAUACUGGUAAAUGGUGGUAGUGGUAGUUGUAGUGUUGGUGGUGGACGACGUCAAGAGUGCAAUGGUGGUGAUGAUGACUGUGGUGAUUGUAGGGACGGUGGUGGUUACAGUGAUGAUAGCAGUGUCAGUGGUGGUGAUUAUGAUGAUGGUGGCGGUGGUAGGUAGUACCACAGUAGAAGGACGUCAAUGAAUCUGAAACUUAAUGUAAAUAUUCCCUUUCAACAUCAGACUGCUACGUGAGAGAGCAUUGACAAGUGUCUCUCACCAGACAUGUUGUACCGUCAGACAAGAUAUUCCACAGCCAGACUAAAUGACAAUAACCGUAAGUGUACUAGAGUAAGAUGAGCGAUGCUGGUACGAUGCUGGUACGGCCACUGACACUCUAGCUCCUGGUCCUCCCUCACUUCUAACUUUGAUACUUUGAAAUUGUAAUUAAUAAAAAUUGUCUUAGAAACUCUGGAGUAUUUCCCAAGGUUCUUUGAAUAUAUCUUGAGAUUCUUAGAAUAUUUCUAGCUACUUUGGAAUAUUCCUAGUUUUUUUUUUUUACCUAUUGGAAUAUUCUGAAUGCUCUAAGAAACUUGGAAUAUUUGCAGAAGUUACUAAAACAAUUCAAUAACUUCCGCAUUAUGUCCGAAGUUCCAGGAAUAUUUAUGGACAUUCCUCGAAUAUUUAUUGAUAUUGCAAUAUUUAUUUAUAUUCCAGAAAUUUUUAUUGUUAUUCCCAGAAUAUUUAUUGAUAUUCCGGUAAUAUUUAAUGAUAUUCCAGGAAUACUCAUUAAUA